AAUUUAACCUCGUCGCGGAGCCUGGAAAUAUAAAUAUCAUCUAUUUAACGUAUGGAUGAGCACAAGGAGAACAUCCAUGGAAAGGACGUCAAUGUAAAGAUGCCCAACUCAAAAGAAGAUGAAAAGGCAAAGCCCUGCAGCAGGAUAUGUCCCGCCGGAGAACCCGCUCCUCAGGUGUCCCCGUCUCAGUCCAACAGCGACUUCAGUCACCCGGUGUACAAAGAGAUCGCUCUGGCCAACGGACACAUCAACCGCAUGUCCAAGGACGAGCUCCGGAUCAAGCUGUCGGAGCUGAAGCUUGACACGAGAGGUGUGAAGGAUGUGAUGAAGAAGAGGCUGAAGAGUCACUACAAGAAGCAGAAGCUGAUGCAGACCGCCGCUGAGGGAGGACCCACCGACACCUACUACGACUACAUCUGCGUGGUGGACUUUGAGGCCACUUGUGAGGAGGAUAACCCGUCGGACUUCCUCCAUGAAAUCAUUGAAUUCCCCAUGGUUCUCAUCAGCACACACACCUUAGAGAUUGUGGAUACUUUUCAGGAAUACGUGAAACCAGAACUGAACCCGCAGCUUUCAGACUUCUGUGUGAAGUUAACAGGAAUAACACAGAAAAUGGUCGAUGAAGCAGAUCCAUUCCCAGAAGUCCUGCAGAGAGUUGUGGUUUGGCUCCAGGAGAGAGAGCUCGGGACAAAGUAUAAAUACGCCAUCCUGACCGACGGGGCUUGGGAUAUGAGCAAGUUCCUCAACAUCCAGUGUCGUGUCAGCCGGAUCCGAUAUCCUCAGUUUGCAAAGAAAUGGAUAAACAUUCGGAAAUCAUACGGCAACUUCUACAAGGUCCCUCGCACACAGACGAAGCUGAGCACCAUGCUGGAGAAGUUGGGCCUGAAGUACGAAGGUCGCCCUCACUCCGGCCUGGACGACUCGCGCAACAUCGCCCGGAUAGCUCUGCGCAUGCUGCAGGACGGGUGCCAGCUGCGCGUCAACGAGCGCAUGCACGCCGGCCAGCUGCUGUCCGUUCCCAGCUCCGCUCCUGUGGAAGGAGCCCCGCCUCCUCAUAACCCCCGCAGCAAGGACUAAGACACGCAAACCGAGGCUCGCUCCUAUGUCGACUCUUCACCCUUCAUGAGUUAAAAAUCCAAAGCACUUUUACAGUCUGACUGUAACGUUGUCCAUUUGUGUUUUGGAGCUGUAGUUGAUGAAGGUUUUCUUUUGUUUUUGAGGUAAUAAACAGGGACGAUAUUUAGAUUUAAGAUUGUGCCAGUCUUUGACCUCAUGUGUGGGUUUCCUCCGCGCUCCGCGACGACUCCAUAUGUUGCUAUUUUCACACCAGAUGUCUGACCAGAGAUCAUUCCAGCGUGUUUUAAACUUCAAGCUUCAGUGAUGUAAAAACCUGCCUCACCCUGCCUUAUUGAGCUGCCAAACAUUCAUGAAGCAAUGUAGUUCAAAUGUCCUAAAGUGGCGUCAUCCUUCAGUGAAAUUUAUCCGAUUCCAGCAUCUCAAAUGUUUUCUAUUCUAGUAAACUGAAUAUUUUUGGAGUUUUGGGCUGUUAAUCCAAGAAAAGGGAGCUCAAAGAGUCAUUGACAUUUUUCACCAUUUUCAGACGUUAUCGUUAUUAGUUAGUUGCAUCCUAUGUCAGGUUUCCUCCCAAAAAUACAACCCUGAGAUGUUAAAAAUGGAAAAAUAAAAAUCAUCUGCAGCUUCAGAUUUAAAAAAAAAGAAAAAAAAAAGUCAGUGUUGGCCUUCAAAACUUCAUAUAUGUCUAAUUGUGCUCGUAGUAUAGAUAAUAAACACAAGACUUCACAAACGAUGCUGCUAAUUGCUCUGCUGUAUGAUGUCAGAGCAGUGUCAUCACACCGUUUGCCACUUUUACCGAGCGUGUGUGUGUGCGUGUGUGGUGAAGGUCUGGAAACAGUCCUGUAGAAAUUUUGAUUGUCUGUAUUUUCUCAGACUGAGAUUCAUUGAGCGCCCAUGAUUCAAAUAAAAUAAAAUAAAAUAAAGCCCUUUUCAUUAGUAUAUAAAAGAUACAAUUUAACUGCAGUUUAUUAAUAAAAUCUUUUAAUGAAUGAACUCUGUAAAAUGUGUUUUAUUGUAAACCUGUGUUUGUGGGAUUUCUGUGAUUAUUUUGUAUGGGGUUUUUAAUUUCAUGGAGCUCUGAUCUAUUUUAACAGGAAUAAAUAUUCUUCCGAA